ACUGCGCAGGCUGGAAUCGGGAGUACAUCAGUAAAGGGUUGUGGUCAAAUCCUGUUGACCUACAUUUGACAUACAUGUACUGUGCAGACUGGAACCGGGUGUACACCAGGUUUGGUAUUUGUAAAAAUGGAUUCCAACUCACCUCCCAUUGAACUGAGUGAAAGGAAGCCGAAAGAUACGGAUGAAGGUCCAAACAUUGCCACCCCCGACCACGUAGGUGCCAAGACGGGCCAAAAAGAGGUUCCCGACGAAAAGAUUUCCCAAGUGGUUCCGCAUGAUGUUCUCUUACGACUUCAAAGUCAGCAACAGGAAGAAAUUGAGGAAGUGGAAGAGGAAUUAUUUGAAGACCUAGACGAGGAUGAACCCGACUGCUUCCAUAGGAAUGCCGCAAAGAUCCAGAAAACCCUGUCCGCAUUUUACCAAGAUCACAAGAAUAUUUUCCUGUGGUCGUUUUACGCCGUUCUGAUCCUUGGUUACAUCGUUUACUUCAUCUACGCCAUGUGGUACAGCUUUGGCGAUGAAGGCUCUAUCCGAUUGGUGGUUUUGACCGUAUUCUUGGUAUUGAUGGCUUUGGCGGCCAUUUUGAAACCAAGGUUGAAGAACUGCGUAUUGCCGUCUGUUAAAAGAUUCGACAAAUCCAAGUUGAAAUACGUGAGAUGGGCAUUCUACAUCAUUGCCACACUAGUUAUAGCAUCUAUAAUUAUAGCAGAAGUGGCAGUGAAGAAACCGGCAAACCUCAUGUCAGGAGUAGGCAUCAUAGUAUAUGUGGCAGUGUUCUUCAUAUUUUCUCAUAACCCGGCUAAGGUAAAAUGGCGACCUGUCUUCAUGGGUCUUCUCCUUCAGUUCAUCUUUGCUCUGAUUAUUCUUCGCACUGAGUCCGGGUUCCAUUCCUUCAUGUGGCUGGGGGACAGGGUGUCAGAGUUCUUGGACCACACCAACUUUGGCGCUGAAUUUGUCCUGGGUGAUGCCACGCACCACUUCUUUGCAUUUAAGAUUCUCCCUAUAGUUAUAUUCUUCAGCACGUGCAUUUCCAUAUUGUACUACUGGGGCGCCAUGCAGUGGAUAAUAUUCCGGGUUGCCUGGGUGAUGCAGGUCGCCAUGGGAACUACUGCAGCAGAAUCCGUCAAUGCCGCAGCAAAUAUUUUCAUCGGCCAGAGUGAAGCACCCCUCAUGAUCCGCCCUUUGCUACCGAAGAUGACGAAUUCCGAGCUCCACGCCGUCAUGACAGGUGGAUUUGCCACCAUUGCUGGCACCGUGCUGGGAGCUUUCAUUGGAUUUGGGGUCCCUGCCAAUCAUCUCCUAUCGGCGUCUGUGAUCUCAGCUCCUGCCGCUCUGGCCAUGGCGAAACUUUUCUAUCCCGAGACCAAGAAAUCUAAAACGACCGUGCAAGACAUUGAAAACAUGGAAAAGGGGUAA